AUGUCUUUAUUCAAAGUUGUUUCAUCUAAAUUAGCUGCCGAGAUCGACCAGGAGUUGAUGGGCCCACAAGUUGGGUUUACACUGCAACAAUUGAUGGAAUUGGCAGGUUUCAGUGUUGCACAGGCCGUUUCUCGUGAAUUCCCCCUUGAUAAAGCCAGUAUCGAUAAACAUGUUUUCGUCAUUGCAGGUCCCGGCAAUAAUGGUGGCGAUGGGCUUGUGUGUGCCAGGCAUUUAAAACUGUUUGGUUACAAUCCGAUCGUAUACUACCCAAAGAGAAGCGAAAGAAAUGAAUUUUACAAGCAAUUGGUCAGUCAAUUGAACUUCUUUAAGGUUCCUAUCCUAUCACAAGAGGGUGACAGUACUGAUUGGCUCGAAUAUUUGAAACCAGAAUCCACACUCUGCAUCGUGGACGCAAUCUUUGGCUUCAGCUUUAAGCCACCAAUGCGUGAACCUUUCAAGGGAAUUUUAACACAGCUACAUGAACUAGAGAAUCAAGUUCCCAUUGUUUCCGUUGACGUUCCAUCCGGAUGGGACGUAGACGAAGGUCCCAUCACUGAAGACGCAAUAAACCCAGCCGUGCUAGUCUCUUUGACAGUCCCAAAGCCAUGCAGCAAUUUCCUUAAGAGGAACACUGCACACUACGUUGGUGGCAGGUUUAUUCCCCGCGAGUUCGCUAACAAGUACGGGUUCGAACCAUUCGAUUACGAACUCACAGACCAAAUACUCAAGCUAUAA